AUGGAAAUCGUCGAGUCGGACCGGCAUGUGAGCACUUAUUCCAUUGCCCAGGAACUGAAGAUUAGCCAAAAAACCGUUUGGAACCAUUUGCAUAAGGCUGGUCUCAAGAAGAAGCUCGAUGUAUGGGUGCCACACGAAUUGACGCAAAAGAACCUUUUGGACCGAAUUGAUGCCUGCGAUUCUUUGCUGAAACGUAACGAAAUCGACCCAUUUUUGGAGCGGAUGGUAACUGGUGAUGAAAAAUGGGUCACAUACGAGAACAACAGCCGAAAAAGAUCAUGGUCUAAUCGCGGUGAGCCGGCCCAAAUGAUCGCCAAGCCCGGAUUAACGGCCAAGAAGAUUUUGCUGUGUGUUUGGUGGGAUUGGAAAGGAAUCAUCCACUAUGAGCUGCUCCCAUCGGGCCAAACACUCAAUUCGGACCUCUAUUGUGAACAAAUGACCAGAUUGAAGCAGGCGAUCGACCAGAAGCGGCUAGAAUUGGCCAAUAGGAAGAGUGUUGUGUUCCAUCAAGACAACGCCAGGCCACACACAUCAUUAACGACGCGCCAGAAGCUCCGAGAGCUUGGAUGGGAGGUUCUAUUGCACCCGCCGUGUAGUCCAGACUUGGCACCAAGCGAUUAUCACCUUUUCAAGCAUUUGCAAAAUUUUCUUGAUGGUACAAAACUGGCCUCAAGAGAGGCUUGUGAAAAUGAGCUGGUCAAGUUUUUUACGAAUAGGGACGAGGACUUCUUUAAUCGCGGAAUUAUGAAAUUGCCUUCAAAAUGGACAAAAGUUAUCGAACAAAACGGCGCAUAUUUGAUCUAA